AUGGAGUACGACACCUUCACCGCGACCCAGUACCACACCAGCGACCCGACCUCGUUCGCCCACACCUCGGCACGCGAACGAUGGCCGAUUAUCCUCACGCAGGGCAUCGAUGACGUGCACAAGUCAACAUGGGCGUCGAACGACGAGGAGACGGUGAAGGAGGGCAAGGAGAUCGUCUCGGAGCUGGCCAAGUUGAAAUACGAGCUCCAGCAUGACCGCCAGCUCACGCCCAUCCCGGACGAUGGCGAGGCCGACGUCGAGGCAUACAACACGGAGCUGGCAGCGCGAGGGAACCCCAAGUGGCACAGCGUGCCAUGGCUGUACUCUGAGUGCUACCUGUACCGACGCAUAUCGAGCACCUUCAAGCAGACCAAGAACUGGCGCUCCUACGACAUAUUCGCGCGCCAGAAGAUGUCGACCUUCAAGUCCUCGCGGCCCGCCGUUCUCGAGCUCGCCGGCCGCUACAAGGACAUUGUGGCAGAGCUGCAGCAGAAGCACACCACCAACCGCGCCAAGACACAAGAGCUGCUCGAAGCUGCCGAAGCUGCCGAAGCUGCCGAAGCUGCCGAAGAGAUCCUGUUCAGAGAGAUGUGCGAGAUCUGCCUGUGGGGCAAUGCAACCGACCUGUCGCUCCUGACGAACCUCUCGUACGAAGACAUCCAGACACUGCAGGGCUCCGACGCGCGCAAGAAGGCGGAGAAGAACAUCAUCGUCAACGACCUAGCCAAGGCUUUCAAAGUGCUCACUGCUGCACAGAAGGCCGGCAAGAAGGACCGCAGAGUCGACAUAGUCCUCGACAACGCCGGCUUCGAGCUGUUCGUCGACCUCAUCCUCGCCGGCUACCUCGUCGCCUCGGGCCUCGCCACCUCCGUCGUCUUCCACCCGAAAUCCAUCCCCUGGUUCGUCUCGGACGUGCUGCCCGCGGAUUUUGCCGCCCUCCUUUCCGCUCUCGCCCAGCCGCAGGACUUCUACGGCGCGCUGUCGGACACGGACAAGGCUGCUGGCAAGGCGCCGCAGCCGCUGUCCGAUGCUGAGCUGGGGAGUCUGCAGUUCUUGUUCCAGCACUGGACGAGUAUAUACGCCGAGGGCCAGUUGGUGCUAAGACCGAACGAUUUCUGGACUGCAGCUGGCAGCUACUGGAGACUGCCGGGAAGCGAGCCGCAGCUCUUCGAAGACCUCCAGUCGAGCGAGCUGGUGAUUUUCAAGGGUGAUUUGAACUACCGCAAGCUGACUGCUGAUGCGGCAUGGCCAGCAACCACACCCUUCACAGACGCUAUCGGCCCCAUGGGCUCUGGCUCUGGCGUCCGUGUCCUCGCGCUUCGCACAUGCAAGGCCGACGUUGUCGUCGGCCUGCCGGAGGGCAAGGACGAGGAGCUCAAGCAGAUGGCGGGCGGCAGCACAGCAGACGGUGCGAGGAAGUGGGCGUGGAGCGGCAAGUGGGCGGUUGUGCAGUUCUCGGACGGCAAGGCCUAG